AUGGAUAAUAAUAAUAAUAAUAAUAGAGUAAUUGAUAAACCAAAGAUUGUUGAAGAGGUUGCAAUCAUGUUUCCUUUGUUCACCAAAGAUCACUUUUUAUAUGCAACACUCGACCGUUAUAAUUGGGAUGUAAAUGCAGCUUUAGACACUUUACAGAAGCGACACGAUGCACUUGAAAAGGAACAGAAACAUAUAGAAGCGGUUUUGGAAGCAAAGAAACAACAAAACGAGAAAAAAGACAAGGCAUUCAAAGAAGUCAAGGAUAUCUUUGGUGAGUCGUUCACCGAUGCCAAGUACUAUAGUGCUCUCGCCAAGUACAAGAUGGUUGUCGAAGACACUGUCAAUUAUUUAAUGCACGAGUUGUCGAUUGUCGAAGAGGUCAAGCGCAGAAAAGACGUCGAGACCAGAAAGAGAGAGGAACGCGAGAAAGAAAAGGCAAAGCAAAUCGAAGUGGAAAGACUUAGAAUCGAAGAGGAGAAGAACAGAGCUGAGAUCAAGCGUCAAGAAGAUGAGAUCCAAGCACGAAUUUUGCAAUUGGAGAAAUUGAAACUCGCCGAGCAAGAGCGUGCUAGAAAGGAAGAAGAGAGACGUUUGGCCGAAGAAGAAGCAAAGAGAGUAGCUGAAGAGCGUGCCAGAAAGGAAGCUGAGGAAAGACGUUUGGCUGAGGAGCGUGCCAGAAAGGAAGCUGAAGAAAGACGUUUGGCUGAGGAGCGUGAGAGAUUGAGAAUCGAGCGUAUCAAGAGAGAGGAAGAAGAAGAAGAGAGACGUUUGGCUGAAGAGCGUGAGAGAUUGAGAAAGAUGGUCGAGGAGCAAGAGAAACGUAUUCAAGAGAUGCUCGCCCAGAAGAAGUUGGACGAAGAGAAGCACAAGCAAUACCAAGACCGUAUCAAUUCGAUUCUCUUGGAACUCAAGAAUCAACCAACCGAGUACAAAAAGGAGAUUGCCAGCUCCGAGAUUUUCCAGGAUCUUCUCAAAGACUUCCAAUCGGUUUUAAAGUUGAGUGAAGAAGAAAAGAUGUCACAAGUCAAGCCACCUCUUGUGCCAAUUCCAAGCACACUCCCAGUAUCUUAUAAGCCAGAGUUGGUUGCGCCAUUUGGAUUCACUGCAACAAAUGCAGCACCAUCGCAAGUCAAUGAGCAAGACAUUCACAAACCAUCUUCACCAUUCCAAAACCUCACAAAACACCCGUUCUAUUACAACCCAUUCAGUGAUCCAAUUUCACAACAGCUAAAUGGCGAAGAACCAUUCGUUCCAACAACACCACCCUCAUCACCACCACCCUCAUACCCAUUCACUGCCAACUUCCCAGUUGUAUACCCAUUGUCUGGACAAAACUCACCACCAUUCGCCAGAUACAAUCAGCCUCAACAAGGUCAAGACUGUUCAAAUACUGGAAAGCCAACUUUCGAAAACUUGGCCUCUUUUGUUGCCUCAUCUCAAUGUCAACCACUUGUUGUUUCACAAGUGAUGCCAACUGAAGCUGAUAUGAUUGCACAACCAAAACUAUCAUCUCAACCAACCAUUUCCCCAGCCAGAGCCAAGAAGAACGAAGCCUUGGAGAACCUCCGUUCAAUGUUCUCAGCAACCUCGCCAGAGAUCGUUGGAUACGUAUGGGAAGCAAGCAAUUACGAUAUUUCAGUUGCCAUUCAAAAUCUUCUUGACAUCAACUCUCAAAAAUAA